AUGGAAUUGACAUACAGCAAGAAUUUUUAUAUUGACUGGUGUAGGGAAAAAAAUAUUAUCCCAGUCAAAGAAGACAAGUAUAGAAGAAUGUUUUGCAAUGAAUAUAACAUAGGCUUCAAAUGGCCGAAAAGCGAUACGUGUCUAACAUGUGAUUCAAUGAAAAUUGCUAUUCAAACAGCAUCUGCGAACAAGAAUGAAGAAGACAUUAAAAGACUGAAACUUGAGCUUGAGUUACAUAAUAGGAGAGCAGAAGCCAUGUCAAAUAAUAUAAAAGAGGAAGUAAAAUCAGUUAAACAAACCAAUAGAAAAGUAUUAGUUAUUGCAUUUGACUUGCAGCAAACUCUUCCAACACCUAGUAUUACAGUUGGUCCGGCAUUCUACUUGCGUAAAGCUUGGACUUACAACCUUGGUAUUCACGAUUGCAUAUCUGGACAAGCAAGCAUGUUUAUGUGGACAGAGGCUACAGCCAAGAGAGGAAGUGAGGAAAUAGCAAGUAUUUUAUUGAAGUACCUCUCAUGUAGAGAAACAAACGAACAAUGGGAACUUGUUGUUUUCACUGAUAACUGUGGAGGCCAGAAUAAAAACUGGCUAAUUAUAGCACUAUGA